GGGAGAAAGCAACAGAGCAAUGGCCAUUGUAUUGAGAGGAAGAGAUGAACAGAUGGAACAACAAGAAGACGACCUCUCUUCUUCUUCCUCUUUCUGCUCCAUGAGGCAGUGCAGGAUUUGCCAUGAGGAGGAGGAGGAGUGGUGUGCGGCAAUGGAGUCACCUUGCGCAUGCUCCGGCUCUCUCAAGUUUGCUCACAGGGGAUGUGUGCAGAGGUGGUGUGAUGAGAAGGGGAGCACCCUCUGUGAGAUUUGUCUUCAGAGAUUCGAGCCAGCCUACACAAUCCCUCCCAAGAAAGCUCCGGUUGUCGAAGUGCUUGUUACUGUCAGCGAUUAUGAGGAGGAUGAUGAACAUCAAGGAAUGCCAUACGCGGCAUCCGACGGGGCAAUGGACGGCUCGGAUCGUGCCUAUUUCUCCAGGUGCCAGUCUCUGACGAUAACGUUUACCAUUAUACUGCUCGUGUGGCAUCUCAUUGCCGUGGUGACAAUCGAAGCCGCGGAGCACUGCGCGUUCAGCCUCCUCACGAUGUACUUCCUUCGGGCUGCUGGGAUCUUGCUGCCGUUCUACGCUGUCAUGAGGGUGAUCGGCAUGAUUCAACACGGGCGGCUCCAGUAUCGGUUGCAGCUGCUACAGGAGCAAGGAAGAAGGAAUGCAUCAAACAUGCACAGUAGGCGCAGCCAGGAGCAGCAGCAGCAGCUUGUAAUUAAUGUUCACUGAACAAUGUACAUAGUGUAUUGCAAGCGGGGAAUGUUCAACCAGAACAUCAUUUGUAAACUAUUCAUAUAAAUAUUUAUAUAGUAAAGUUGUACAGCA